AAUAAACCUCCAUUAAUGCUGUGGGAGAAGAAGAUGAAGCUGUACCUGGGACUGGGGGUAGUUAUGGAGGUUCAUGAACUCCAUUAAUUCAUCAGUGAUGACUCUGACACCAAACAGAUGUGGUGGUUGCUCUACUCUAUCUCAGGCCUACGUGGUCCUUCUUCCAAUCCAACCCUUGAAGCCUCAAUGGCGAUCGCUUUCACCUAGUUUCGGCAACCGAGAGCAUUUCCUCUUCUCCGUCCUCAUUCCUCCCCUUUCUUUAAUGGCCGAGCUCGGCCAGCUGCUCUUCGUUUUAUUUAUGGCGGCGGCUUUAUUUAACUCGGCCGAGUCGCAAGUUCUCAUCCGUUUUGAUCGAGCUCCGCCGCCGCGGUCGAGGUUCUCCACCGCCGUUUUCCGGUACUCGGUGGUGACGCUGGACAGUUCCAGUUCGUGCGAGAGCCAUGGUUGUUCGAUCCACUGUGAGCUUGACGGCCAAGCACUGAGGUCAUGUCCUGCUGAUGCCACCGUAUUAAAAAACUUGACAGUAAAUCAGAGACACAAUUUUGUUGUGAACGUUACAACCGGGGAUGCAAAGAGCAACUCAUCCACCUAUUCAUGGUUCAUCGAUACAACACCGCCAACUGCUACAAUAUUUAGCAAACAGAGUUUCACAAAUGCUGAAGAAGUGGAAAUUGAUGUUAUUUUUAGUGAAGCUUGCAGUAGAAAUGGUGGUUUCAAGUGUAUUAACUCAUCAAACUGUGAUGUGAUUGUAAAUGGUCCUGCCCGUGUGGACACCUCUUCAUUGCGUAUCAUCAAACCUGACAUAAAAUAUCGCCUUAAUGUUAUUCUUUCUAGUAGAAGUAUUUAUGCUCGGGUCAUAAUUAAAAUGGCAGAUAAGUUCUGUACUGACCAAGCAGGGAACUGGUUUGCUAGAACGAACAGUUCAAUUUUCACUGUUCACUUGGAUAGAAGACCCGUGGAAGUGGAUUUAUGGAUGCCCGUCCCAUCUUAUGAAUUGGUGAUAAAUGGUGUUUCAAGAACUGUAAUUGCAACUAACAAAAUGGAGGACCUGAAAGUUUUCUUGGACUUCAGUACUCCUGUUUUGAAUUCAACAGAACAGAUUCUAAGAGUGUUACAUGUAAAUUCGGGUAACUUCAUAUCUAGUCAGAAUGGAAAUCAUGGAAAUCGCAGAUUUGGUUUCAAACUUCAGAAUAUUUCAAGAACUGAAAUAAUCACAGUGGAUGUAGAGGCUGCUUCAAUAAUUGGAAGAACAGGCAGUGCCAUUUCCCCUGUCGCCCCUAUUACAUUCUUAUAUGAUUCAAAUGAGCCUAGAGUAGGCUUGCGCACAAGCUCAUCGAGAGCUACAACAGAUCCCAUCAUCAAGAUAAUAAUUGAGUUCACAAAGCCAGUUUUUGGAUUUGAGCCCUCAAAGGUUGAAGUGAAGGGGGGAGUCUCACAAGGCAGAUUUGAAGAACUUUCGAGAGCUCUAUACUUACUGACAGUCCAAGCAGAAUCACAAGAUGUAUCCAUCAUUGUUCCUGCAGGACAAGUAAAUGAUAUUUCAGGAAAUCUAAACUUGGCUUCUAAUGUCCUCAAUUCCAAGCAUUACUCAGCCCCUCCUAUACCAAUUGCACUCCACUCAUUCAUGACUGCCGGUGUACUAGCAACAUCACUAACUGCUGCUGUGCUUUCACUUUCUUCUGCAACUCUAGAAGCAGCCGGCACUCUAACUUGCAGGGACACUUUUUUCUCUGAUCCCACAAUGAAUCUGCUUGGAAUGGUGGGACACCUGCAAGUGUUUGUUCUUGCAGACUGGCUCUUGGUUUAUCUGCCGGUAGAAUAUUUUGAGACAACAAAGGGUCUAAGGUGGCUUUUACCCCGCCAAAAGCUUCCAUGGAAGAAGGCGAGCUCUUCAAUGUGGCCCAACAAGUUGUACACGACUGAAAUGGAGCUUGAAGUGAAACAAAGACAGUCAUCCUAUGGAUUGCCCUCUUCAGAAGGAGCUCAAUGUGCAUAUAAACUAAAUUUAACCAGUUACUCCUCUUACUCACAAGGAAGAAGACCCAUUUCAACAGGGACUUACCGUAAGAAUGGGUGGCUCCCAGUGCUUGAUAAUGUAACCAUGAAAAACCUUCCAUAUGGGCUACCCCUAGAUUCCACUGAAUAUUUCACUUAUUUUCUGCGAGGAGAGCCAUUAUCUGCCAGCCAUGUCAUUAAAAGAAUGGAGAGAUAUACAGGAUGGCAGGACUUGGAAAUGAACUUGUUCUGGCUUGGUGUAGGAGGAGUUGGUUUACUAACAACCCAUAUAGUGACACUUCUUUUCCUUCGAUGGAGGACUCAAACACCUGCUUAUGGGAGACUUUCAGUUCCGAGGUUUGAGCUCUUUCUCCUGAUUAUUAUGCUACCUUGCAUCUGUCAAUCUGCAGCUUUUGUCAUCAGAGGUGGUACAGCAGGGGGAAUCCUUACAGGGACUUUGUUGCUAGCCAUCCCUGGAGGUUUCAUUUUAUCAAUAUGCCUCUUUCUUAUAAUUAUCGUAUUUUCUGGGAGCUUUGCGCAGUAUACAGAAGUCAAGGGCAUUGAAAAGAGGGAGCCAUGGCAUACAAAACUGUGGCUUCUCUUCACCGGGAGGCCUGCCAUUGGAAAAUGGCGAUAUAGAGAGGGGUUUCCAUCUUCUUUCCUCUCUCGAUUUGGGAUUCUUUUUGAGAGCUGGAGGGGUCCUCCAAUCCUUGUCAUAGAAGACCAAAAUGACCCAAACAGCAAGGGAAAGCAGGCAGAAGUCGGCCUUAGUGGGAACCGAAGAAUGGGGGUUCCAAGUUCAGUUGACAGCAAUGAAGAAUACAGAAUUCCCAAGUCUAAGAGGCUCUUAGGAUGUGCCAGAUCCUCAUAUAUACUCCUUGAUCUUUUCAGAAGAGCAACUUUAGGGAUAGCAGCCGGAGCUUUCUCAUCAGGAGGUUUGAAACAGAGCCUUUUUGCACUAGCCAUCACCUUGGUUCAGUUCAUAUACCUGUUUUCCCUUAAACCAUAUAUCAGCCGGGCAGUAAACGCAGUGGAGAGUGUGUCACUCUUGUGUGAGGCAGGCCUCUUCAUGCUAUCGACAAGCCUAAAUGACACAAAUUCAAUUAAGGAACACAAAUUUGGGUAUGCAAUGCUUGGUUUCCUCUUUGUUACGUAUGUUUCACAUAUGAUAAACGAGUGGUACGCUAUCAUAAACUGCCUUCUUAGUCUCUCCAAGCCGCAACCAAAUUCUUUCAAGCUAGGCCUAAAAAAUGCUGCCAGGGGUCUCCUCCUCCUUGUUCUCCCGAGGAGCUAUUGUUCAAGAGCCGGUGAAUCCUCCCGACUAAAAGCAGGCCCUGAUUCAGUCCCAUGUUCGAGUGUGAUGACUGCAACAGUGGUCCCUGUGGUUAGUCCUGGUUUGUCGCCAGACCCGAGCACCUCUGUUCCGAUGACUGCUGAGACCGGCCUUCAACCCCGGGAAGGAAAACAAGUUAAAGGACUUAAACUAGAGCCAGAAAAUGAGAUGAAGCAGCUGAGGAAGUUGGCAAGAGCUAGCUUCGCAGUGAGUUCAAAUUAUGAGAGAGGGAGCACCAGCUAUGGUCCAUAGAUUCGAGUGCUUUGCUUUGUUUGAAGCCUCCUUGGACAAGAUUCGUACCCUAUUCUCCACAAACUAGUCUGAUUCUAUAUAUGCUGCUGAGGUAUAUCUAACAUAUAUAUAUAUAUAUAUAUAUGCUUCACCUUGACAUGUUUCUUUACUUUUAUUUUGAACUGCUGUCUCAACUGUGUGGCAUACAAACAUUGACAAGCUACAUCUCCUUAGCUUAACUCUGAUUUGCAUUGUAUGCAUAAUAUAUUUUCACACUCACCCCAACAACAACAACAUUUUAUUUUCCUAUUUUUGCAGGCCCUUUUUUCUUUUGAAUGAGGUCGCCUAUAAUGCUGGAUCUAAUUCAUCUCACUUAAUUUUACAUGUUAGAACUUCGUUCACAAUGUUGUUUAUCAAUCGACUUAAAUGCAUGAACCUUAAUAAACGAUGUUAUUAAACUGUCUUAGUACUUAACUACUAGUACCUACUUGGAUUAGUGGUUAGUUAACAUGUUUGUUUUUCAUUAACAAUGUCAUUUUCCUCUAAUUAAUGUUAUAAUAGAGCAAGAAAUUGCAUUUGGUAAUGCGUCACUAGCACUGUGCUUGAGCUUCCACCAUAAAAGGCGACCCAAUUCGCUUCAA